AUGACGGCCGGAAUCACCGAGCUGGAUGCUCACGAACAGCCCUCUGAGGCAAUGCGGGCACAAUGGAAAGGAUAUUCGAGAGCAGAUCAGAAAGAACUCAUUAAUGGAGACGCUCUUGAUGAUCCAAGGUCGCCAGAGCAAGCUGAUAAAUUUUGCGUGGCUGGCAAGAUCUCAGUCGACCAGCUGAAGGCUGCCUUCUCUCACAUAAGUCCAAAUGCAGUUGACUCAUCGUCACUUCAAGAGGUCCCUCUUCUCUACCACCCACUUCUCCCAGGUCUGAUAAUUGUACCAAACCUGGUUCCUCCUGAGAUUCAAAAGACUCUGCUUUCUCUCAUGAUCAACCGCGAUCUUAGCGUCCCAACGCACCAAACUAAUCUUCACCUUCACUAUGACAUGCCUUACCCAAAGGCCUCUGACGGUUCGCCAGAGUCUUUUUUUUCAUAUCCGCCCGACCAAACGCCAAUUUUCAAACCAAAAGACCCCUCCGUCCACAAGCCCCUGUCCAUUAAGCAGGUCAUGGAGCGUCGCCUACACUGGGUUACCCUUGGCGGGCAGUACGACUGGACAAACCGGAUAUACCCUGAGGAGCUUCCUCCCCAGUUCCCAUCGGACAUUUCUCAAUUUCUUGAGACACUUUUCCCAGCAACGCUAGCUCAAGCAGCCAUCGUUAACUUUUACACGCCCGGAGACACCAUGAUGAUGCAUCGCGACGUCAGCGAGGAGACCGACAAGGGCCUUGUCAGCUUGAGCUUUGGAUGCGAUGGGCUUUUCAUGAUUGCUCCGAAUGACCCUGAAAUGGUCUCAGAAGAAGGAAAGGCCACAGGAAAGGAAUACCUCAUCCUGCGAUUGCGCUCCGGCGACGCCAUCUACAUGACCCAGGACUCUCGAUUCGCAUGGCACGGUGUGCCAAAGGUCUUGAAGGGGACGUGUCCAGACUACCUAGCUGACUGGCCUGGGGAGGAUGGCAAGUAUGAGAAAUGGAAAGGGUGGAUGCAGAAUAAGAGAAUAAAUCUUAACGUAAGACAGAUGAGGGACUGA